GGAAUGCCCAAUUCUUCUGGCCUCAUGGACCGUCGUGAUACCAUUUCCAAGACAGAUGCCACUGUGGUGGCAUUAUUAAAGGAAGCUGGUGCUAUUCCCCUUGGCAUAACCAACUGUAGUGAAUUGUGCAUGUGGUAUGAAUCCAGUAACAAGAUCUAUGGAAGAUCCAACAACCCAUAUGAUUUACAGCGUAUUGUAGGUGGAAGUUCUGGUGGUGAGGGCUGCACACUGGCAGCUGCAUGCUCAGUGAUUGGUGUGGGCUCUGAUAUUGGUGGCAGUAUUCGGAUGCCUGCUUUCUUCAAUGGCAUAUUUGGUCACAAGCCUUCCACAGGUGUGGUUUCCAACAAAUGCCAAUUUCCCAUGACUGGUGGAGCUCAGGAACAUUUUCUGUGCACCGGUCCAAUGUGUCGCUAUGCUGAAGACCUUAUCCCCAUGCUGAGGGUCAUGGCAGGACCUGGGAUCAAAAAGUUAAAACUGGACACAAAGGUACAUUUGAAGGACAUAAAAUUUUACUGGAUGGAAGACGAUGGAGGUUCAUUUUUAACAUCCAAGGUGGACCAAGAUCUCAUUCUAGCUCAGAGAAAGGUAAUUUAAAAUUAAUUUUGUCUAAUAGGAUUAAUAUUCACUCAAACAGAUGUUAUUCUGACCCUUUCCCUCAACUUUCUACUAUAUUUUUCUGUGCCAGCAUACAUAAUUAAG